AUGGACGAGGAGAGAGAGGAAAGUUUUCUUGCUGUAUGGAAACGUGCGCCCACGUGUCGCAAAGCGGACUCAGAUGAAGCUGCGCAGUCUCAACUCGACCCUUCCCAUCCUCCAGAUAAGCCGUCGAGAAGUGAAAGGUGUCCUUUUGUCAAUCGUCCAAAAGUGAAGAGGGUCGGACCACCGGCUCUGACUAGCGCAUCCAUGGGUACUGACAUUACCCCAUCCGACUACAACUUUCUCCGAUCUUGGGCUCGUCAUCUGGUAGGACAUCACUUGAGGAGGAUGAGCUCAAAACGGACCCUCGGUCGCGCGUCGAUCGCAAGUCCAUGGAUAUCCACAAGAGAAGGGAACCCGUUUCGACGUCGCCAAGACGUGAAACGAAGAUGA